CCGAUAUGUGUAUACAACUUGGAGGGAACGACUGGGGAAUUCAAAACCCCUAACUAUCCACUGGCUUAUCCCGAUAACCUCAACUGUUCGUGGACAAUCCAAUCGCCCGGGAAGAGCGAACUCAUUUUCCAAACUUUUGAGAUUGAAGAAUCAUAUGUGGGAGAAAAAUGUCAGUUCGACGUGGUAUACGUUCACCUUCAAAAAGGAAACGAUUUCGAAACCCAUGGUCCUCUGUGCGGUUACAGCCCGCCGGGUCCGUUUGAGUUUGAUGGAAAAGCUGUGGUUACGCUGACGUCCGACAGAAUCCGAGCGUACAGUGGGUUUCUCGCAUAUUUUAGAGAAGAAGAAACUGAGGAGCAACCUGCAGAACCGGAAGGAACGGCUCGAUGUGGCAAUGACACAACAGAUUCCAGUGGAACUAUCACUUCACCAAACUUUCCAAAUAAAUACGAAAACAAUCUUGGAUGCUCCUGGACAAUACAGAAACCCACUAAACCGAGCGUUUUGACAUUCGACUCUUUUGAUGUCGAAUGGGCGAAUUGGGGAGAACAAUGCCAAUUUGAUUACCUUUACGUUUUUGUCGGGACUGGCAGACACGUCAAGUCAUACGGUCCAUAUUGCGGAAACCAAAAGCCCGAUCCAAUACCUUUUGAUAAGCCGGUUCAAAUUACUUUUACGACAGAUGAUAGUGAGAGGAGGACCGGCUUUUCCCUAACGUUUGGGCCA